CUCUACGAUUUGGGAAUGGUUUUGUUGGGGGGAAGAGGCGUGUGGAAUAAAUGGGGCGGCAGUUGCUGACCAGCUUUUUUGUAGGGCGUUCACGCAGCUCGCGGCAGACAGGCAGUUUGCGCAUCUUGGGCUGAUGCUGCUGGGGGUUCUCGCGCAGGUGGACCGGGCCGCCGCGCCGUUUGCGCCGGCUGCUCGCGAGACGUCAGCGGCCCAGCAGCAACAAGAGGCGGCGGCGGCGGCGGCGAUGACGACGGCGAGGGCGACGGCGACGGGUGCGCGCUCCGGCGGGUCGGGUGGCGCCGUCGCCGUCGCCGUCGAGACCAAUCGGAAUGGCAACGCGGAGACAGACACAGCAAUGGACGUGGACGUGGGAGUUGCCGUGUCGAGGGAAGAGGUCAUGGCCUCGAUCGAGCGCGACGCGGGCCCCAGAACCUCGACAUCAACACCAACUCCCCGAUUAACUUCGGGUUCAGACCAUACGGAUCCGGCGGGGAAAGCCCACCCGCGAUCCGCUUCCCUGCCCAUUAAUACGCUGCCAACGCACCGGAUUUCUCACUCCAGCGAGACCCCGACAGCGAAGACCGAACCAGCGAGCAAAGAAAGCAGCACCAACCCAGACCCGGCAGCAAUCAAGCCAAAGAAGAAAAAGGCCGGGAAAGGUGACGAGUUUGACGACAUCUUUGGCGGACUCGAUAGCAACAGUAAAAAGCCAAAGAAGAAGAAACGGAAAAAGGGGGAUGAGUUUGAUGAUAUCUUCAGUGGCUUGUAAUAAUCGAACGGCAAAUCCCUCUUCUCAGGCCUGGCCUGGGUACUUCAUCCGUGAAAGCCAACGGGCUGCUUAGUGGAGGCCACUUUAAUGCGACGCCUUUGUUUUUCUCUUUCUCUGAGAGUAAGGAGGAAUACAAAGGGGGAUGAGAAGGGACAUGGAUGGUUAGACAGAGAGCCUUCACGAAGUAGAGUCUUGUCGAGAAGCCGGCCGCUUUCUUAGCGACUGGAGCAUGCAAAUACCUAAUGCAACCGGCGUGCGGCGAGGAUAACUCAUCUACGAAUCCGCUACUCCGCGACAUAUGGGAAGGUACCAGAUCCAAGACACACAUGAGAA